AUGGCCGACGAAAUUCAAGCCAUGUCGGAGACAACCUUCAUGGUCCUAUGUCCCGCGUCGAGAGAGUGGGCAACCACGAAGACGUGGCUCGGCGGGACGUUGGAAGCGCUCAAGCACUUUGAGGAAACGAGCCAAGAGCGGCUCGACAUGGAAGGCCGGAUCACAAACCUAUUGGAACGGAGCACCAAGCCUUCGUGGGGGGAUACGAUAGAGAACUACAACAGGUUUGGGCCACCAGCCAACGACCAGUUCAACAAGACUCGGCCGCAGUUUGUUUCGGUGCAGGGACAGCACCGCGCAGCGCUACUCAACUACGCCUUUGCGUCCGAUCUAGGCUUGUCGCUAAGUCGGGGAGGAGACCUCGAUGGCGGGCUAUUUACGGACGCGGAGAGACCAGCCAAGAUGUCUACUCUGAAGGAGAGGCUGCGGGACAUUAAUAUCUCCGUAAACGUGCACGAUUUUCUCACCCAUGACGAUGCUGAGACGGUGGGGAGACGCCAGCGCACGGUCGAGGCGACCACCACUGAUGUCUCCUUCUUGGACGUUUCCACAAGCCAGGGGUUGCUUGUGAAGCAGCUUUUCAAUCCAGAGGAUGACAUCUGUCAAGAUCGUGUUAUGGAGGCCUUUGGCGAUGACUGGCGGAGUACACUAAAGAACCCCAACAAAAGGAAGGAUGCAGAGAAUAUCAAGAAGAGCCUCGUUGACCGUAUCAAAACGGCAAUGAAACUCCAACUAGGGCUAAACAGCCAACGUCGGGGUAUUUUCUCCGUGUUCGUCCACACAUGGGCGUUGCAACCGGAGAGGCCGUCGAUCGAGAUCCUUCGCCGCUACUUCGAAGACCAGAACGCCAAGGUCAUCAAGGCUAAGGCAGCCAAGGUCAAGCUCGUGGCGGGGAAAGGGAAGCACUCGACCAGAGCGGGACGCGACGAGCCAGACGACGCUUCUGCAACCGAGUAUACCCCACACGGCAUCAGCGUUACUGCGAUGGGAGCCUUGUUUUCGCUCACGGCCUACAGUCAGGCCAGUACGCUCGUACAAGACAUGUUGUAUAAGGGGGGUCUAUCCGAAGACUUUCGGAUUGCUUGCUUUCAUCAUUGCACCGUCCUCGAAGUGGUGCGGGCUAUGGUCACAGGGCUACUCUCAAGGCGACACUGCUCCCCCGACCCUACACCCUACGACACGGGUAAGGGUCCACCGACAAUCCCCGCCGAGUUGCGCUGUCUCUACAAUCUACUGCACACCUUCGUCAGUGAGGAGGAGGCCCAAGCGUUUUCCGAGGAAUGUGAAGCGGUUUCCGGUGAAGGUGAAGGCGAGGCGGUUUCCGGUAAAGGUGAAGGCGAGGCGGUUUCCGGUGAAGGUGAAGGCGAGGACUUCAUCCACAGCAUAUACCAGGAGGUAGACCUUUGGGUUCCUCCUCUGGUGCGUUUCGCGCUCAAGCUGAAAGACAAACCGGUGCUGACCGGGGAGUUCAAGGCCAACAAGCUUGCUCUCACGGCUUCGCUGUUUAGGAGAGUUAACGCCUUCCAAUCGAGCAACGCCGGGGGCACCAACCCCUCCAACAACAACAACCUACCCCCUGGGUGGGGGAAAAAACCGCACAUGUCGACGUCCGGAUCGGAGCCCGACUACACCACGCGGACGUGGGACGACUGGUUCACGUACAAACCACACGAAAAGGAUGGACAGUAUUGCGCCCGGUUCCUUCACAACACGAUGGCGACCGUGUUUGGGCUACUCAUUGUCGACCGGAUCCUCGGGGCCCUGCGCUCCAAGCACAACCUUCCGUCGAACAAAUUCAGGGAGCUGGUGCGGGCUAUCCCAGAGGUCGGCGAAAUAGCGACGCUGAAAGGGCUCCUACAAAAACCAAAGACGGUCAAGCGGGGGCUUCAAGUGGGGGAAGAGUCCUUCUUCGAUGAAGAGCGCCUUGCCCUCUUGGCCCAACGUGAGUCCUCGAACGACGGCUCGGGGGAUGACAGCGACAUCCGACUCGAGAAACCGUUCGCUGUAACCGUGAUCGACGACGAGGAGGAUGAUAAACUGUCGUCCAUGCGCUGGACCACGGAGAUUGUCCAACAACUUGGACUUCUGGGUGAUGACGGAGAGCUCACGUGUUCUGAAGGCGUCCUCCGUUUCACCAUCGCGAAAGAUGCAACGAGAGAUCUUUCCAAAAAGAGGAAGGCGUCCACGUCGGCAGACAUUCGCCAGGGAGAUGAGACGAAGAGGCCGAAGAAGACCAACAGGCCCGCCUCCGACACCAAGGAUGACGAGGACAAUACGUCGGAAGACCGAGGAUCGCCGAGCUCCGGCGAAAGCUCGGAAGAGAAGGAGGACGACGAACGGUUGGCCGACAACGCGGACGAUGGCGGUUCCUGCGCACGAGAAGAAGUGGGAGUGGACGAGGAGAUCGACCAUCCUGGAGCGAAGCAUGGCGGCGGAGAACAAUCGGAGCCCUCUGGCGGACAAUCUUCGAAGCCUGACGCCGAGACCUGCGCAGACAGAAGGCUAGGAGACGAUCACGUGGCACGGGUUAUGAACGCGGUGAGAAAGGCCAAGGAGGAGUGCACACACAACGUUGGCGGCCUCGUGGAAUUCUUCAAGGUCGAGUGUGCUCACUUCUUUCACAGCGUCUGGGCCGCCUCCAAGGGCACCGGCGCCGGGCAGAUUUUGUAUAUCUUCUGGCCCCCCAACCUAGAUGUCCCCCAAGGCAAGGAUCUACCAGCGGAGUGGCUUGACGAUGACGGAAAGGCGGCUGCUGCUGUCCUUCCGUUGCUUCACGCGCUGUAG